AUGAAGAAGGGAAGCGGCGGAAGGAUCACGAGUCUCACGCUUGAAAAGAAGGGGGGAUGGGAAGGAGGGAGAGGGAGGGGGGCGGCUCGGAGAUGCGACGGGAAACGCUGCGGCUCCGGCAGCGGCGGGAUCCGGCGGGCUGACGGCGGGGGCCCGGCGAACUGGAGGGCGGCGGAGUCUCGAGUCAGUCAGAGGCGGGCGGUGGCGGCGGCUCCUCUUCUCAUUGCGCCAGGAGCAGCUGCAGGCGGCGGCUGGAUCCAGCGGCCAUGGCGGCGGCGGUGGCGGAGGCAGCUCCCUUCAGACCCCAGGCAGCGGAUCCUCGACUGCUCCCCAUACGCCGGGGACAUGGGAACCCGGCAACCGCUUCCGUCCCUCGGGGCCCCCUCCCCCGUCCGCGGCACCAGUGCGGCCGCCCUCCCGCCCCUCGCCUCUGCUCGGUGCCGGCUCAGGAAGUGUCCGCGCUUUGCCCCCAGCCCGGAGCCCUGUCAGCGGCUGCGGGGCCGGCUCCUCCUCGCUUCCUUCCUUCCUUUGUCACUCGGCCCGGGCGGCGGCGGCGGCAGCGGCAACAGCAGCACAAGCCUGCAUUCGCCCGGGUCGGGGGCUGUUCUGUGUGAGGAGCGCCGUCUGCGCAGCCGCCUAGCUCUUCCCCACUCCCCCUCCCCCCUCCUACUCGUCCUCCGCCUCCUUCCUCCCCCACCCAGCCUUACACCCGCCCAGCGCCCCGCCACCCGCGUAACAGGCGUCUGGGAAUCGCCGGCCGAGCCCCGCUCCCGCCCACUUAGGCUACGGUGCCGAAGCCCGAGCGGAGCCAAUCACGGACGUCGAUUGUUUGUGGCUCCUCCCGGAAAAAGCCGAUCGACCUGAGAAACCAAUUAGGAAGUGUUGCUGGAAAUCCACGCCCAAAAAGCGGAAAAUGCCGAAAAUAGCCGAACGAAAAGGUGGGUUCUCCUCGUUCAGUGGCUGGCUAGAACAGAAAUUCGACAAUGGCACCAGUGGCCAAUCAAAAUCGCCGGCCCUCACGAAAAAGCUUGAAGAGUUAAGGACGGUGAAACCCGGAGUCACUGGUGAAACAGCACGGUCGGGCGCCGUGGCCGCUUUGUAAUUGGCCGAAAACUCCGCUGGGAGUGUACCUCCCUCGGUGAUUGGCGAAGCGAGGGGGGCUUCCGAGGACAGUCUGGCCAGUCAGAAUGUCUCCUCCCUCUCCAGGGUGGAGAGAAGAAGAAAGAAAAGGGAGGGCAUCUAUAAAACGCCUUCUCAUUGGCCUGAACCCUUGUAGCUGGAGUGGGGGCAAAAGGGAAGAGGAGGGAGGCCGAAACCCGUAGCGGCAGCCAAUCGGCACUCACUGCCGUCCAAUCGCAAGACCUAGAUGCAGCGUGAUUGGCCUUCCGCCUCCGGCGGCGGUCCCAGGAGCGGAGGGAAGCUCGACUAGGGUCGUGGCGGACCUUGUGACGGGCUUGCCUGCGGCUGCUCUCAGCCGUUGUGGAAACCGCAGAUCAGGAGCGCGGGCACUGCGCAGCCGGUCCGAAACUGCUGCGGUCAGCGGCGCUGGGCUCGGAGCGCUCAAGCGAACAGGGAAUUUAGGGGCUCUCCCCACCCACGAAGAGGUGCUCUGCCCGGCGCGGCUAAAUCUGCGCGCCCGAGCCUCCCCUCCGCCCGGGAUAGCGCGUGCCGAGAGUCGGCGUCUUCCCCGAAAGGGCCAGACGGAACUAGGACGCCUACCCGGCCGGGUGCGAACUCUCAGUCGCUAAAAUAGUAACAAAGCUUUCAGAGAGGCAGCGCUUCUGGGCGCUCGCGCCCUGCUUAGCUGCAGGGGCCAUUGAUAGAGAGGCCGACCGCGCCUGGUGUGCGCAGCCAGGCCGGGCCUCCUGGAAACGCCCCUGAGAAAUGAGCUCAUGCUGGAUGCGCGCGCUUCUUGGGCGCGCCUGCCCAGCGCAAAGCGAGCCCCGAAAGCAGAAAAUACUCGGGUUUUGAGGGGAUGAAAUGAGACAGCACCUGUGAAAACGGUUUGGAUAUUUUGAAGGCCUGCACUCAUGUAGGAGCAUGGGUGAAGAUGAUUACUGGGAGAUAGCAAGAAGGUAAGCCCUGCAUUUUUCCCCAGGUUGACUAUUUUUUAUUUAAUUAUCUCUUUUCAUUAAGACUAGAGUGGGCUCUUUUCCCUUCCGGGAGGCAAAAAUAAUGAGAUAUUUGUCUUGACUUUGCUAUCAUUGUGUAUGCAUGACAUCCCCAGAUCCACUCCACUGCAUCCUACACACAAGUCAGACUGACCUAACUCCCACACCACUUUCAGCACUUCACCCAGCUGCUCAGGAACCUAACUUGAUCCUCCUGUCUGUUGUAGAAAAUUCAAGCUCUUCUGUCUUGCAUUCAAAGUCCUCAUUCAACUGCCUACCCCAGCCACUUACCCACCAGUCGCCACCACCUCUUAAAUCUCACCUCUUCCUGCUUCACAUUGCAGAAGCAAGUACGGUUGGAACUGACAGUCAUCAAAAAGAUGAUGCUCAUCUAAUCCUUCCAUUUCAUACUUCGGGAACCUAAGGGCCUGAAAGGGUGGGUGAUAUUUCAAGGCCACACACAGUGGCCUUCCACUGUGGCCAAGAUAACAUGCUUUCCAUUCCUCCACACAACUUGGUCCUUGGGUCCUAAGCACUGGGACAGGAUGAGUAGGACUGGCA